CCGGCCACCAUGUGGAUGCUCCUGCCUGAGGCUGUGGCUGCAAAGCUGCUGAGAGCUUUCAGGAAGCCCCUGAGCUCUCUCUGGAGCAGCCUGGUCCUCUGGUUCUUCUGGCUCCGGGCUGCAGUCUGGCUGGCAGGGAGUGACAGCCGCCGGCCACCGCGGCCUGCUCGGGGGACACCGCAGGGGAGCACAGGGGACGAUGGGGAGGGCUCAGACCAGCCCACCACCCCCAGCAGCGUCAACUACCACUUCACCCGCCAGUGCAACUAUAAGUGUGGCUUCUGCUUCCACACGGCCAAGACGUCCUUCGUGCUGCCCCUGGACGAGGCCAAGCGAGGGCUGCGGCUGCUGCAGGAAGCCGGGAUGGAGAAGAUAAACUUCUCGGGAGGAGAGCCAUUCAUUCACGACCGGGGCGAGUACCUGGGCCAGCUGGUGAGGUUUUGCAAAGAGGAGCUACAUCUGUCCAGCGUGAGCAUCGUGAGCAACGGAAGCCUGAUCCGGGAGCGCUGGUUCAAGACUUACGGUGAAUAUCUGGACAUCCUUGCCAUCUCCUGUGACAGCUUUGAUGAGCAAAUCAAUGUCCUCAUCGGCCGUGGUCAAGGAAAGAAGAACCAUGUGGAGAAUCUUCAAAAACUGAGGGCCUGGUGUAGAGAUUAUAGGGUGGCCUUCAAAAUCAAUUCCGUCAUUAAUCGAUUCAACGUGGAUGAGGAUAUGAGGGAGCAGAUCAAAGCCCUGAAUCCUGUGCGCUGGAAAGUCUUCCAGUGCCUCCUCAUUGAGGGGGAAAAUUCCGGACCAGACGCCCUGAGAGAAGCCGAGCGAUUCGUCAUCAGCGAGGAAGAAUUUGAAGAGUUCUUAGACCGCCACAAAGAGGUGUCCUGCUUGGUGCCCGAGUCUAACCAGAAGAUGAAAGACUCAUACCUUAUUCUGGAUGAGUAUAUGCGCUUCCUGAAUUGUAGGAACGGGCGGAAGGAUCCUUCCAAGUCCAUCCUGGAUGUUGGAGUAGAAGAAGCUAUAAAAUUCAGCGGAUUUGAUGAAAAGAUGUUUCUAAAGCGAGGAGGCAAAUACGUGUGGAGCAAGGCAGACCUGAAGCUGGACUGGUAAGGCUGGAAGCGGGCCAGACCUUGAACCCGCCCACGGCCCGGCCACGCAGACCCCCCGUGGUGGCCACGCUCAGCAGUUCCUCCUGCUCAAUCCCGUCUUCUGUUGCACCUGUGGUCUGAUUCUCCACGGUAACCCAACACGUAAAUCACCUGGACCAUUGAAAUCCGUAGAUAAUGCAGAACCAUUAACUGUAGUUAAUUAGCUUAUUUGGGAUUUAAUUUUUUGAACAGCGUUUUCUGGGACUCCCGUGUUCCCAACUUCGAAGCUAUUUAUUCAGGCCUUUUACUUGAUAGAGGUGUAUUUUUUUUUUUCCCUGCUAAAUAUUGAGAUGCCAAUUUUCACACCUAGAACAAUUACAAAAUCCCUCUCCCAAGUAGUCUUCCCACUGUAACUCUCUCCUUUCUGCCUUUACGCCAUGUGGUCUUGGACUUUUUAACCCAGAAGUCUGGAAAUAGUCAAUAGAUGGUUUCCGAGAGCGGGAGAUGAGUAAGUACCUAGAAGGAGACAGCUCACCUGCCCACGUUCAGCGUGGCCCCUGCUCCAUGCUGGCUGUUCCGUGAAUGUUAGCUAUCUCUGCUACUCCCUUUUCUCUUCUCAGGUCUCAGCAAAACCAAUACACACUUUAUGUUUCAUGACAAAGGUGACAUGCGGUCAGGGUUCAGGUUGCUGUAUGGACCUGUUACCCAAGCCACCCGAGUCUGCCCAGCAACAACGCAUGAGUUCCUGUGAAGAGACAGUUGUCCCUGUAUCUCUGACAAAUGGCAGCUUACUAGAUCAGCCUGAUUUAUUAGGCAAAAGCACUGGGAUAGUGUCUAGGGAAGAAUGAGUGGAAGCAUCUAGAACGUACCUGGAUUUUACAUAAAUGAAGCCAUGGCACAGUAUAAUAUUUCUCAACUAACUCUGAGUCACUUGAAACAAGGAUAUAAUCUGGGUCAAAAAAACAUCUGGGCAAAGAGUAGAAGCCCCCUCCCCCCCCCGCCCCGAAGCACUGCCUUCCUUUUCUAGGUUUUUUGGGAAAAUGUCACUUAAACGGGGUCAGGGGGAAAAAUCCUCUCCUUGUGGAAAUAUCACACACAGUUUGUUUAUGUAAUUUAGACAGUAUCUCACUGCCGGGGAAACAACAAUUUCCUAUCAUUGUUUCAAAAAAAUAAAAUCAUGGAAAAUUUUUCUGCCCGAGCCUAGAGAAAUUGUAACCCAGCUGCCAUGCCAGUGUUGGUCACUAGGUGGCGAUUAAGCGCUGCCAGAGUUUGUGAGGCCCCCACAUGGAGAUUUGGCGUCAUAAUCUAAUUUUCCAGAUUUGGUGAUUUUGAAAGAUUGGUUUUUGUCAUAUUUUUUCUCAGAAAAGACAUUUUUACUUCAAAUUUUAAGUUACUACAGUACAAUGGAAAUAUAUUUGUGUCCCAUCUAAAAUAGGAUGGGUAAAAAAUUAAUAAUAAAACAUUUAAAAAUAAAUAAAAAAUAAAAUAGGAUGGGCUGCCAUGCAUUUCCCACUUUACUUUGUUUUAUAUUUUAAGAGAAAAAUGAAUUAGAAAGCUUCUUCCCUGUAUGGCCAUUGAACGUAUCUAAGCUGUGACCGUAUCUGAGCUAUGAUGACCUUAGGAUAUAUAAGCAGUGUAUAAAACAGUUUUGUUUUUACAUAACAUGAGUACAUUUUGCUGAUCUUCAUAUUAUUCAACAGGAGUAAGUUUAGCAAAGAAAGUGCACGUAUGUGAAAGCACCUAAGACAUUGUCUGAUCCACAGCAGGUGUGCAAUCCUUAUUUGAAACAAAAUCUAAAUGGGAAGCCAAAAUCCUCUCAGUUGGAAUGAAUUUCUCUCAAAUUCAUUCAAACUCAAAAUGCAGGAAAUUGUUUUACUCAUUCCCCAAAGGAAGUCUAAAACAAAACAAAACUGCGCCAGAGAAAUAAGUAUUUUAAAUCUAUGUCCCAACUAGGUUUACUCCCUCUUCCCCUUCCUUAUGCAGUGUUAGGAUUCGUGACGUUUAAAAUAUCUAACUGUUUAUUUUUCUUAAGGGGGAGAAACAAGGACAUUUAACAUUAGGGUAAAAUUCAAAUGUGGAGUAAAUAGCAUUUUGCUUCAUA